GCGACAUCUGUUUCGUCAAUUACGGAGAAGUCCCACCUUGCAUUCAUGCCAGACUUGUUGGAGCACAUGUUCGUGCGGAUACCUGGGUUAUCAUAACGCCAGACUUUGACAUUUACGAGGAGCAGUUGUCCAACAUGAACCCAGAUUACACAGCUUUCCAUCAUGGUGGCCCCGGGUUAGGAACGGUUGUGAUUCCUCAAGGGCAGGGUCUCCCUGCUGGGGCCGUGCAGCUAGGCGACAGGGCCAUCAUUGAUCAUGGUGGUGGGGUCCAGGUUGCCAUCAAGCAGGUAGCCCUUUCCCAGGUUGGCGCCAUGGAAGUUCGAGAUCUCCGGGUUUUGCCGAUUCGGUACGAUGCUCAGGGUCAACGCCGGGCAGAGUUUGGGGAUGUUGUUAGCCAGAUGUCUCAGGACGACAUGCCCGGGGGGAAGUUGCAAUUGGAUGGACCUCCUUCGGCCCUAGAGGUGAUGAGAUCUAUGGUGCUAAGGGGGUUGACGCCAGUGACUGAUCAUGAGCAUUGGGUGCGCACACAUGACUUGGCAAAAGGGGACCGUUCGGUCUACGAGAUGGAGGUGAUCACCCGAGUGAUGGAGGCUUUUGUCACGGUGGACCAAAUCAAUGUCCCUAACCUUAAGGGCUGCGAGUUGUUGAUUCGCCGGUGGCAGUUGAUUCGAGAAGCUCACCGGAUUUCACCGACGGCCCCAGACUACUCGGCCACGGACGUCAUUAUGGGAUGGGCCUACCGAAAGGGCGAUGGUGUGGAACCUUCGCUUGCAAAGUAUGUGGCCGGUGAGUUGCGGGAUCAGGCUUCGAUUGCCAAGGAGGCCAGGAAGGCCGAUGGCGUGAUCUUCUUCCUCUUCCUUUGCUCAAGCCGGAGUCUGUUCGCGCAGAGGCGAGAAGCCAAUGUGGCGAGAACCAACGGGCUGGCUUCCGCAAACCUUCUGCUAUGGCCAUCAGUGAGCUUCUGCUUGAGAGCCCGGCUUCGCCUUAUGUUUCGGGUGAAGGCUGGGGCUGCACCCUUGGACGCCACAGAACUUUUGGAUCCGCAAGGUCGAGAAAUCUUGAAUAGGUUUGAGAGCUCAAUGUUCGUGGACGAAGAUGGGAUUCCAGUGAAAACAAUCACCCCCUACAUGGAUGAAAUGUUGAAGUCGUCUCCGAAGGCCUAUGCCGAGUUCAUCGUCGACAUCUUCGCGCGAGGCAUGAUUGACUUCGCGAAGACAGCUACAUCAACUAUAACUCCCUUCUUUGUGAACAAAAAGAGUGGUAAAUUGCGGCUUGUGCUAGACUGCAGAGCAAGCAACAUGUACUUUGCCAAGCCCCCUGACAUUGCUUUAGCUGCGGGAUACACGUUUGCGCAAUUGGAAAUUCCUGAUGGUGAACAGCUUUACGUUGCUCAAAGUGAUGUUCGGGACUACUUUUAUUCCAUUGGGCUCCUGCCAGGACUCCGCGGCUACUUUGCGCUGCCGCCGAUUGCGGUGCACAUGCUACCUCCAGGCCUAGUUGAUCCAUCUGACGUUGAGGGUGGCAUGACACGUCCUAGGAUGAAAGUGGUCCCAAUGGGUUGGAGUUGGGCCAUGUGGAUUGCCCAACGAAUUCAUCAGCAUCAAGCUGCUCUUGCAGUGGCUUGCAGUCCCGAUCAGGUUUUGGUGGAUGGGAGGCCUCCGCCUGAUCUCCAGGCGGGGAGUCCCGUGAUGAUCCCCUACGCCGAUAACUUGAACGUGUGCGGCACAUGCAAAGAUUCAGUCCAGAGGGCGAAAGACAAGGCUCUCGGCUUCAUCAUUGACGGUGAGCGGGGGCAGGUGCAUCCUAUUCCGGCUAGGUGUCUGGUAGAGCCAUUGAACGAAUUAUUGGGCAUUGUGUUCACCUUUUCAUGCUACGUUGACAGUCAUGUUGUGCAAACCGUUGGACGUUGCAGAGAGAUGUGGCGAUUCAAGUCAAAAGAUCCAUUGUCACGAGCGCGGGAUGCGGCUCUGAGUUUGGACCCUUUUGUGCAUCAUGAGACUGUCAUGCCAAUGUCACAUGAGGAGCGGGAUCCCUUCCAGCUCAACCUUGAAUUUCAACAUGUGCCGCAUGAGAUUGCAUGUAGCCCAGAGUGGAAAGUUCAGUUUGCCUCGAGAAUGACAAAGCCUGAGCACAUCACGCUUUUGGAAGGGCGGGGAACUGUUCAAGCCAUUCGUCACAAGAUGCGCGUUGAGGGCAACUUUGGCAAGAAACAUUUGCACCUUGGUGACAACUUAGGAGGAGUGCUGGCGAAUCUGAAGAGUGCAGUACCGCCGCGCUCCCUGGCUGCAGCUCCUACGAAGCGCAACUUGCGCAAAGCAGUUCAGGCUCCCGACGAGGCAUCGCGAGCAGCGAAGCGUCAGGCUGUUGUGGCGCGGGGGAACUCGCGGAAGAGGAGCGCCGACCACACGUUUCUCGAGACAGCAGCGGUGGCGCCUCGGACCAGCGAGGAGUACCUGCACAAGUGGAACCUCUUCGAGUCGUUUUGCAGAACACAGAAGCUGAAGCUGCGAAGCGCGGACGAUGUGGAUUUCGCAUUGACGAUCUUUCUCAACCAAGCUUUUUGGGAAGGCUGGGACGUGAGCGAAGGUGUCAAAACCAUAGCAGCUGUCACAGACCGUCGGCCUGCGCUGGCGGGCAGACAAGGGCUUCCGCGGGCGAGACGUUCGCUGCAAGGAUGGCGAAGCCUGGACCCGGGAGUCACACGUCCCCCGUUGGCCUGGCCAUUCAUCGCGCUCAUCGCCUUGACUGCAGUGAUGAACAAUCAGCUGGUCGAGGCGAUUGCCUUCCUCUUCAUGUUCGUCACGUACGUGCGACCGGGGGAGGUGUUCGAGUUGCGACGACAAGACCUUGUGAAAAGCGAGGUGCUGGGACAGCAGUGGUCUGUGAAUCUGCAUCCCUCCGAGGACCUGCAGGAAUCAAAGGUGGAGGUCAGCAACGAGACUCUGCUUUUGGACAACAAAGAAAUCCCCUGGCUUGGUCAGGUGCUCGAAUGCGUCACGGCCAUCUCUUCAGGACCGCUUUUCCCAACCAGCUACACGGAAGUGCAACAGGCUUGGGCGCAGUCUCUGCGGGAACUCAAGCUGGGAGACAAGUUCGCAGUCCUGUACCAGCUGCGUCACUCUGGCGCAAGCUGGGAUCGCUUCAGGCAGUACCGCAGCCUGUUGGAGGUCAAGCUCCGAGGCAGAUGGGCAUCAGACAACAGCCUGAAGAGGUCAUCGAGAUAUGCCAACAGCUGCGAGUGCCAUGGCCUCCUUUUGCGCUUAUGGCAUGCCGUGGAGAAAGGUCGGAUAUGGGAGGAGGAAAGUUGUGAGAAUGUGCAUGCCCUCGUGAUCAUUCACUUCGUUGUUUGCUCUCCAGAGGGCAGCAUGAUGUUUGCCUUUGCGCAGUCGGAGGGCUUUGGGGCAGUGCUGAAAGAGGCCCAGCAGCGAGUUUCCGGGGCCGUGGCGGCCGUGUCCGUGAACGAAACGGUGCAGCAGCUUUGGACCAAGUGGAAGAUCUCGAACUGUGCCCUGCUUCAGACCGGGGCCUACAGCACUUCCGACUGGGGCGGACGCUAUGGCUACGGGAAGAGAUAUUAUGGCUACCACCCCUCCCCCCCACCACCAUCACCCGAGCCAGAAUGGGCCGAAAGGCUCGAGGCGCAGCAUGGAAAGCUAAUGGAGAACCAGGUCGUCUUCCACAACGAGUCCACGGGGAAUGAGGAGAACAUCAAAGAGGGCGUGGAUAAUCUACAGGUUGCACUGGUCAUUCCGGAUCAAGACCCAUUGCCGACGCCUCCUCCCGGAGAUUGUGAUCCGGGCGUGAACUUAAGCGGACCUGUGUGCUACGAAUCGCAGACGCCCUGCCAGCUCACCAUCAGCAACGACCCGGUUGCGGAGAAGUACCUGGGUGUCCCUGUUUACUAA